UAUAAUGCACUCUUAUUGCCAUUUAAACGUGUUUAUUUUAACUUUACAUGCUUUAUGAGGAUAUUAAAUUGUUUUCUCAGUUCCUAUAGGUCGCAAACUGGCUAUAAGAACGCACGAUACACGUAAUAGGGGGAGCUUAGGUGCCCGUGACGUCACGCAGGGCUAGUUGGCUGUAUCAUUCCUAAUACAGCAAAAUAUACAAAUUCCAUAAAGGGGAAAAAACACCAUUUUUGCUAAGUAACCAUAUUCCUGACAUCCACGACUCUUGCACCCUAAAUAUUUUACCUGUUGAGGGUUACCUAGGUUGACCUCACGGCGCAUGUAUUUUCCCACAUCAGUGAAGAGGCUGGCUUGAAAAAAAGAGCACCUAAAGAUAUUAAUGCGCACCUUUCAUAACCCUCCCUCAUUCAAUUGAUAUUUUUUUCUGAAGGCUGGUUUUCCACGUCCCCUUCAUCCAAUACCCCCAAAUCCUUGUCAUAUCUCUCUAGCCUGUCUUGCAGUAGAGGAUUGAUGGAUACAAAUCGCGUGUGAAAGCUUCACCAGCGGGAUUUUAAGGAAUUUGCCUGUGGUGUAAAGGGAAGGAACUGUAAGAAGAAAAUUGAGAUAGAGCUCUACCUACCGACAGAUACAAGAGAAUCCAGGCAGCCCAGAGACUUUACCAGCUACACACUCAGGCACCAUGAAACGUCUCUGAGCCACCUAAUACCCCCCCCUCUGUUAUAAAAAAAACCGUACAAACAAAACCAGGACUUUAAUGCAAACCCAAGGGACAGUCUUUCAUUGAUCUCUCCUAGAAAUAAAGAGUGAGCUUUUUUAUUGUUAUCCUAUCCCUAUUUUUAAUCUUUUUUUUAUUAGCAAGGAGGGGGUGUAGCUGUCUGUCUUUCAUGCAAGAACCAUGAGUUCCUAUUUUGUAAACCCCCUUUUCUCCAAGUACAAAGGAGGCGAAUCCUUGGAGCCAACUUACUACGACUGUCGAUUCCCACAAAGUGUGAGCAGGAGCCACGCGUUGGUCUAUGGUCCCAGCACCACAGCCCCAGGCUUUCAGCACCCCAGCCACCACGUCCAGGACUUCUUCCACCACGGGACCUCCAGCAUCCCCAGCUCUGGAUACCAGCAGAACCCAUGUACCUUGACCUGCCACGGGGACGCCUCUAAAUUCUAUGGAUACGAAGCUCUACCCAGGCAGUCCCUUUAUGGUGCCCAGCAAGAGGCGAGCGUGGUGCAGUAUCCUGACUGUAAAUCGUCCUCCAACUCUAGCACUAGCGAAGGACAAGGCCAUUUAAAUCAAAAUUCGUCUACCAGUCUCAUGUUCCCAUGGAUGAGACCACACGCUCCCGGAAGGCGCAGUGGAAGGCAGACGUACAGCCGGUACCAAACCCUCGAGUUGGAGAAAGAAUUCCUGUUCAACCCUUACUUGACACGGAAGCGCAGAAUUGAGGUCUCCCACGCCCUGGGACUGACUGAGAGGCAGGUUAAAAUCUGGUUUCAAAAUAGGAGAAUGAAAUGGAAAAAGGAAAAUAAUAAGGAUAAACUACCCGGGGCAAGAGAUGAAGAAAAAACAGAAGAAGAAGCUAAUGAAGAAGAGGAAAAAGAGGAAGAGGAGAAGGAGGAGAGCAAGGAAUGAUGUGUGAGAAUGCUAGUGGGAGUGCUUGUGUGAGUGAGUGUUUGCUCAUGGAAGUCUCAUUUUAUGCUAAAUGUAAAACUGAGAUGCCUGUGAUGCCCAUUUGCUUUUAUAGAGUGUAGAAUGGAGAAAUUCACAACAGAAACUACCUGUCAGAAAGUUCAGCCUUUCUCCAUGGUCGGAGGACCCCCCUUUUGCAUUUGUUGUGGUUUGUGUGGGAAAGGGGCAUUUGCAUUAUGUUCUUAUUUAUGUCCUUCAGGUCCUGAGAAAGAGGUUAAUAACUUAUGUAUGAGUGAAGAGAUCAUACAAGGUUACGAGUAUGACUCCUAUUAAACUGACAUUUCUAUACAGCCAGAAUAGUAUUACUUCCUUUUUUAUGUGAAAUAAAACUACCUAUUUCCCUAUUUCCCUUUAGAGGCAUAUUGUUAUAUGGCCUCAUAGUGUAAUCUGUGUUUUAUUUAGAUUUGUGUAUUCAUAUAUGGGGGAGGGGCCAGUAUUUACCUUAGUAUUUUAAUUUUUUUUUAUUUCUAUUUUUGUAUUUGUCCACGUUCCAUGUAAUAUUGUACUUAAAGCUCAGUACUCAUCUGAAGCUGAAUUGUGACACAACAUAGGCUCUUUAUCCCUGAUAGCCGGAUAGUGGGUGCACAUAUCUGAUGAUUUCUACUAACCCACACAAAUUUACAGAUGAUAUGACAGGCCGAGGGACUUAAGUUGUAAUUCUCCAUUUUAUGUUCAAGUCUCUGUCUCUUAUGAGUUUAUCAUUGGAGUUUGAGCACUUAAAUCAUCCAUGUACUACCUAAAGGGAGCCGGCAAUAUCCUUUACAACUUAGGGGUUUAUGUAUAUAUAUAUGUUAAACAGCACUUGGUCAGACAGACUUACUAAUGACUAGCAGUGUUGCCCAGAUGCAAGCUACUGAGUAGCCAGAUGAAUCUUGUACAGUGUCUCUGAUAACGACUACCUAUAGAAGGAAAUAUGCUUAUGGAAGUAUUUGUAACGCGUUUAUGUUGUAUGUUGCUGCUUAAUUUCCCAACAACUGAAACUGCCUAGUUGGACGCACAUUUUGUGUUUCUUUAAUUGUGCUUUUAAAGUAGCUUAGGACUAAAUUGCACUGAAUGUAAAGUUAUCUAUUUGUCUUGACCUUAUCUGUUAAUGCAAGAGCUCGAGAUAUUAAAACAAACAAAACUGUCUCUGUUUUUUCUUGUUUUUUUCUGUAACUACCUAGUUAAGCGUGUUCACAUUAUGAAUGUAGCAAGUUUGCAAGAACAUGUUUCUGGACUCAAUAAAUUUGUAUUGUAUAAGUGAAACAUUAAAUGAUGAUAAUUAUGAUAUUAAUAAAAAUGGUUUUAAAAUGAA